AUGGAACCAAUCACUCUGGCAGAAGAUGCAACUUCCAUUGAUGCUCAUAUCCAGAUUCUCAACAGCCAGCACCAAAAAGUGAUUCCCGAUCAUGCAGUAGUUCGAGAUCGUAUGCAGCAAACAUUUGUGUGGCGUCAAAAAGAGAUAGCUGAAGGAAUGUCUGUGGAGGACAUUAUGAAGAAGUACCCCUUUUUGUGCUCCACAAGUGGACUCACUGAUGAGUUGGAACGUAUCCACCCAGAAGUGACGAAUCUAUCAAAGAAGUUUAAAGAAGAGUUAAAAUCCAUCAGCGCAAAAGUAAUUGAGCAAACGAAAGGGAAGGCUUCCAUUUUUGCUCACUACCAGGAGGCCAAAGAUGAGGCCCUCACUGAAAAUGCACAAGGGGGUUUGACGGGGGGGGGGGGGGGGGGGGGGUGCGAGGGGGGAGGGGGUGUAUACCAGAUGGGGGGGCGGAGGAGAAGGGGGGGGGGGAGGGGGGGCGGAGGGGGGGGUGGUGGGGGGGUGGGGGGAGGGGCGGGGGGCAAAGGGGGGGCGGGGGGGGGGGGGGUCAGGGAGGGGGAAGAUGGGGGGGCGCGGGGGGGGGGGGUUGUGGGGGUGGGGGGGGGGGGGGGGGGGGGGGUGCGUGGAGGGGCUGCGGUUGGGGGGGGAGGGGUCGGGAUAGACACAGUAGGGGGGGUGGGGGAGCUGGGGGGCGAGGGGGGAGGUGGCGCGGGUGAAGCGGUCGCGGCGAAGGGUUCGGACGGUGGGGGGGGACGACGGGGGGAGGGAGCGGGAGGAGGGGGGGGGGGGGAGGGGGGAAGGGUGCUGACGGAGGAGGGAAGGGGGGGGGGGGGGGGAGGGGAAGGGGGGGGGAGGGGGGAGGGGGGUGAGAGGCGACGGGGGGGAAUGGGGGAAGGGGGGAGGGAAGACAGGAGCCGGGGGAGGGGAGGGGGUGGGGGGAUAAGAGGGAGUCCGCGGGGGGGGGGGGGGGGGGGGGGGGGGGGAGGGAGGGGUGGGUGUGGGGGGGGGAGGGGGGGGAGGAGACGGGUAGGGGAGGGGGGGAGGGGGCGUGGGGGGGGAAAACAAGGGCGAGGGGGGGACAGGGUGAUGAAGCGGGGGGAUUGGGGGUGGCGGGCGGCGCAAAAGGGGGGGGUAUGGGGGGAGGGGGGGGAGGGAGGAAGGGGAGGGGUCGGGGGGGUAGGAGGAUGA